AGACACAGCACAACACAAACACGUCAAAGUCACUCUGGAAAGGAGGUGAGAAUUAUCGCUGGCGAUGGGUGUUCAUUCAAAGUUCUAUUUGGGAGAGUGGAGUGGAAUGGUGCUCAGAUAGCAACUAACACGAUAUACUCUAUUGCUCAAAACAUGUGGGUUUCGUUGUACGCGGUCGAUGAUUGUGAGAUGGAUGUUACAAACCCGUCACAUUAUUACAUUGGCAGCAACAGUGUUGUUGAAGAGUAUUAUAAUCUACACACAAAGAUCAACGAGAACAGAAACAGCAUCAAAGAAAUCCAAGGCGAAACUGCACAGAACAUCUUGAUCACAGGGAGUGUGCGUUCGGGGAAAGGAACAUUUGCGAUGCAUUUAGUCAAUUAUGCAGUGAGAGAGGGAUAUACCCCACUGGUAGUGGACUUGAAUUUGAAAACCAAUUUGAUUACCGUUCCUGGGUGUAUUGGCUGUUCUGUUGUGUCUUCACCAAUCACACCAAAUACGUUGCUUGAUUGCAACACUGAGCAACCCAUUGUCUUUUGUUGUGGAACAACAAAUGCGGAAGAAAAGUAUGCUUUAUUUUCACAUUAUGCAAAGGUUAUGUCUCAGUUGUGUGCUGAGAAGCAAAAGAGUCACGUGGGGAUUGCGAAAUCGGGAACAAUUGUACGGUGUCCAUUUUUAACGACCGAAGGGUUGAAGGAAGUUGUCGACUGUUAUAACAUCGAUUUGAUUUAUGUGAUGGACAACGAACAGCUAUACAACGAUAUUCACACAACACAAUUUAGUCAUCCGGUCGGGAGCUUUAUUGUUCAUAAACCUGCAGGAGUGCCACUGUGCACGAAUUAUGAUGCGUUUGUGAGAAGAAUGCAACACAGAAUUGUGAACAACUAUAUGUGCGGGUGCUGUCCUGAAAAGCCGUUAUGCCCACGGUCGAAUGUGAUUCUCGACGACACGUACAAACUCAUUUUGAUAAAGUCAUUUAAACAUGAGAAUUCGGGGUAUUUGCCGAUUGGGCAGACACAAGUGCAAAACCCAUUUGAUGUAGAAGACGUCGAAAUCAAUUCAGACAUGAAGAACAACGUGUUGGCAGUACUCAACUGUGACAGCAUGGAAGAUGUUUUGAAAAACACAACAACCGUAUUAGGGUUUGUCAUUUUCGAAGAUUUCAUCGUGUUGCCCGGGGAAACAGGGAUCGAGAAGAAAACGAUCAUCAGGUCGCCUAACCCACUCGAGGGCUUGCCUUCCCAUUUUAUGUGUGCGACUGGGAUGAAGCUAGAACAAGACAUUGAUUGA